CCGUCAGACGGCGGAGCCGGGCAUGUCCCGCGCCUUUCUUCGCCGGCUCCGGCGCCGGCGGCUGCUCCUCCGUCCCUCGCUCCACACCGUCUUUCUCCGCCUCCACGGCGCCCUGGCAAGUCGUGCCGACCAGUAUCCAGUAGCCCCAGCCCCCCGCACUGCCGAUGACCAGGCACGCGCGGUGCUCGACGAACGGCCGCACCGGGACGCCGUCGCCUACGCCGCCACUGUCGACCUCCACCUGAGGUCCCGCGACCUCCCCCGUGCGGAGGCGCUCUUCCGCGCGGCGCCCGCGUCCGCCCGCGGCCCCCAUCUGGAUGCAGUGAUGCUCGACGGGCACCUCAAGGCCGGCCGCGUCGACCGCGCCCGCAGCCUGUUCGACGGAAUGGCGGUCAAGAGCGUGGCGGCGUGGACCUGCCUGGUCUCCGGGUACUGCCGCGCGGGGCGCGUCGAAGAGGCGCGCGCGCUGUUCGACGCGAUGCCGGCCCGCAACGUCGUCUCCUGGACGGCGAUGGUGCAGGGGUACGCGCGCAGCGGCAUGCUGAGGGAGGCGAGGGAGCUGUUCGACCAGAUGCCGGAGAGGAACGUGGUCACCUGGACGGUCAUGGUGAAGGCCUACGCCGACCACGGCCACCUCCAGGAGGCCGCGGAGCUGUUCGACAGGAUGCCCCAGAGGAACUCGUAUUCUUGGAGCGCCAUGAUCUCCGGUUUCCUCCGUGCUGGGAAAGUGGACGAGGCGGUUCGGCUGUUCGAGAGGAUGCCGGAUAGGAACGUGGUUUCCUGGACCACGAUGGUCACUGGCUUGGCGCAGAACGGUCGUGUUUCGAUGGCGAGAGAGUUCUUCGACAGAAUGCCGAGAAACAAGGACAUUGCGGCGUGGAAUGCGAUGGUCACUGCUUAUGCCAAUGAUGGCCAGAUGAACGAGGCUCAGAGACUGUUUGAUUCGAUGCCCGCAAAGAACCUGGUGAGCUGGAAUGCCCUGAUCCAUGGCUAUGCCAAGGACGAGCGUAAGGAUGAAAUCAUUGGUUUAUUUCUUCUCAUGCUCCGGUCAGCGGUAUCUCCUGACAUCACCACAUUGAUCAGUGUCUUGGUUACAUCCAACAGCACAUCUGAAGUUGGGCAAAUCCAUGGCCUCGCUACCACACGAGGUCUCCUGUCAGACACCUCCUUAGGAAACGCUCUGCUCACCAUGUACUCAAGGAGUGGCGACCUGCGCUCUGCCUGGCAAGCUUUCAAGAUGCUACAAGAGAAAGAUGCCAUCACAUGGACAUCGAUGAUGCAAGCCUUCGCAAACCAUGGCCAUGCCUCGUACGCGCUGCAGGCCUUUGGUCAGAUGCUGCAGCAUGGAUAUAAGCCCAGCUCGACCACGUUCACCGCUGUGCUGUCAGCCUGCAGCCAUGCCGGUCUUGUCGACAAAGGCUGGGCAAUCUUUGCAUCAAUUCGCCGAGCCUAUGGGCUCGAGCCGACUAUCGAGCACCACACCUGCCUCGUUGACAUCCUCGGCCGUGCAGGGCAUGUGAGGGAAGCAAUGGAGGUCGUCGCUGCCAUGCCAUUGGAUAUGCAUGACGACGCUGUCGCGAGGACGCUGCUGGGAGCCUGCAUGAUGCAUAAUAAGGUAGAUGCAGCCAGGGAAGUGGGGGAGGCUCUUGCCAAGUCUGACGGCUCCUUUGGUUCAGAUUCAGAGGGCUACUACAAGGUUCUGGCCAAUGUGUUUGCGUCAGGUGGGAUGUGGGAGGAGAUGGCAGGUGUGUGGAAGGCUAUGAAGGGGAGCAAGGUGAGGAAGAUGCCUGGGGUUAGCCUGAUCGUGGUGGAUGCGAGGUCCCACUCGUUUUUCUCCAGGGAUCAGGGGCAUCCGCAGUGUGCAGAGAUAUAUGAGAUGCUGGACGACACGCUUGUCCCCCAGAUGAUGAAUAAGGAUCGACCGACUGAAACAGUGUGAGCUGACCCGGUGCAGUUGCAAACUUGCACCUGCUGAUCGAUUUCUUUGAAUUUUUUCCAGGGUAAUUGAUCUCUUUGAUGUACAGACUCAUUUCAUCCCACUCACAAUGCUUUGACACACAGUACAGAAAUAAGAGAUGCUGGACGACAUGCUUGUCCCUCAGGUGAAGGUGAAUUUGAUAAAACACCACAUUCUACUUUCCUGACAGAAAAGAAGAAUGCCAACCUAGAGCCUUGUGUUGACGAGUUUCUUUGGCUACUGAACUCCUGAACCUCAAGAAAUCUGGAGCUGUCUUUCAGAAUUUAUUGAUUGACAUAUAUGUACACCCAUCAGAUUCCGCUUCUUGUCUGGGAUUUUGGUGGGAGGCAUGUUUGGUGCUGUCGGUUUUGGUGUGGGUGCUGGAGAUCUCACUGGGAUUUGUUGGCAAUCAAUGUAUUCAGAGAUAAAGCAUGAGAAGGGAGAAAAGGGAAGAGCAAAAGGCCAAGAGGAUGUUGCUCUUUGGGAUGAAUGUUGCUGUGCUGUUGUUACAUAAGCUGAAGGGAUCUUUGAAAGAUGGUCCAUUGGUAAUAGACGAACCUGCAUGUGUACACCAACAACACUGAAAGCCAGCCCAGGGCCUGUGACUAGAAGGCAACUAGCUGCAGCAUCUCAGAGCCAGGCAGCUAUUUGUGCACAAAGAAAUGUAAAAAAAGUGGCGAAAAAGAUGGCCCCGAAGAAGAUGUUGCUGCUGGGCUGAACUGUUGCUGUGCUGUUGUUACGUAAUCUGCGAAGCACAGAACCAGGUGAGUGUUUAUGUAACUAGUCACUCACAUUAUGCUUUAGUUAAAUGUGGAUCUGGAUUGCUGAACUAUAUGAUGAUUAUUAUGUGCUGUUUGCUGUCACAGAGAACCAGUAGUCAUCAUGUGUGUUGUAGCGAUGCUUUUGCUGCAAUUUCCUGUCGAAUCCGUGCCGAUUUGGUGCCCCAAAAUGAGGCAAGGUCAUGCCAAUUUCUUGCUGCCAAAAUAGCAU